CCACGCGUCCGUGAGGACAAGUAUCACCCACUGAAGUGCAGAUACCGAAGAGCCGGCUUAUAUACAGGGGAGGUUAAGGGCAGGCUGUGCGCACUGGUCCGUGCACAGCUGGUCCGUGCACAGCAUGCCGACGCGGCCCCGGGGGCCGGUGAGUCAGAGCGGCUGUGA